CAGUUUUAUCUUCCUGCGAAAACACAGUAAUCCUGUCAGUGCUGCAGCUACGCAUGGCACAUUAUCCUGUGCAUAAUAAGUGCCAUUGAUUCAAGCAUCAUAUCCACCUCUGAGCUGUCAUGGCAAAAUUAGAGUCAAGAUCUGUCCUUAGCGACGCCACCUACCAGAGCCAAGAGUCCUUCCACUCUUUCGCUAGCAGGGCUUCUGACUCUCCUUCCCAGUGCACUAUGGGAAGUGUGGGCAGUGGAGUAGCCAAUGAUCAAGAGUUUGCAAUGAAGAGUGUAGGGACCAGGACUCAAAACAGCCUCAAGAAAAACGACGGUUCAAGGAACGGAUACUCAAAUCGCUACUCUGGGGAGGAGAAAUCAUACAAAUCUGAGAAAAACUCCAAUUCAAUGUAUAUAAAUGGGGAAUCUCGUAAGGGUGAGAAGAUGAAAAUGGAUGUGUGUGGGAAUGUUAACGCAAACAAUGAAAAAAACAUGCCGCCCCCUCCUCAGUACAGGGAUUCUAAUCCCCCAAAGAUACUGCCAGUCUCUGGAAAACUAGAGCAGAACAAUGAGCCUUUGGUAAGACCUUCUGCCUUUAAACCUGUAGUUCCGAAAAACUUUCAUUCCAUGCAGAAUCUGUGUCCUCCACUGAACAAUGGUGUAACAGAGAACAGAAAGAGCUCAAGUCAUGGCAACAGCAAUAGCCCAUCUGCUAUGAAAAGUGGACUUGAGAAGACAAGUCACAGAUCAUCUAAUCAGGUGGGAGGGCUUUCUGAUUCUGGCCGAAAUUCACUGACAAGUUUACCAACAUAUGGAACUGGCUAUACCCAGCAUGUUGGCCCAAUGAGUGCAUCAACCAGCCAUAUAAAUCGCAUUGGCACUACCUACGUAGAAAAGAACAUAGUUGGUUAUAAUGGAAUAUCUACCUCAGAUAGUGGACGAUCUUCCAGCAAGAGCACCUCCUCUUUCAGCAGACUGAAUCAUCUCAAUGAGACAUUACCUUUCCACUCACCUUCAAGCGAUGACAUUAUACAAGACCUUGAGGAUCGACUCUGGGAAAAAGAGCAAGAAGUCAUACAAAUGAAAAGGAGUUUGGACAAAAGUGAAGCCGCUAUUUUUCAAGUCUUUGAAGAGAAGCAAAAAAUCUGGGAACGAGAAAUGGAAGACUUAAGACAGAACUAUGCCAACAAGCUUCAACAAGUCUCUAAGAAAGCACAAAGGGCCCAACAAGCUUUGCAACUGCAGAUAUUCAAGCUCCAGCAGGAAAAGAAAAAGCUUCAGGAUGAUGUUGGGCAACUUCUUCAACAAAGGGAGGAAAUGGAGAAAAAAUGUAUGGUUUUUAAAAAAGAGCAGGCAGAGUUUCUUCCUAAGAUUGAGGAGACAAAAUGGGAGGUGUGUCAGAAAGCUGGUGAAAUCUCUCUUCUCAAACAGCAAUUGAAAGAUUCCCAGGCUGAGGUUACCCAGAAACUAAAUGAGAUAGUAGGACUAAGAACACAAAUUAAGGAAGCAAAGGCUCUCAUGAGGGAAAAAGAAGAGCAGAUUGUUUCCAUAAAGGAUUCUUACAGUACUAAGAGUGUCAGCCUGGAGAUCUGCGAAAAUGAGAUGCAAAGGAAGCAAAGUGAAACUCAAGAGAUGAAAGAGAAGUUGAGACAAUGUGAACAGGAGAUAGCAGAGUUGAGGGAAGCUCUGUCAAACAUGGGUCAGAGCCAGUAUACCAUAGAAAUCAAUGAAAAAUUGAGGGACGCCUUGGCCUGUGAAAGUGAUGAAGCCAAGAUGAAGCGUCAAAAUGAAGACAGUGUCAACAGCAUGAAGAAGGAUAUGGAAAGGCUCCAGGUGGAACUAACACUUGAAAGACAACAAAGGGAUCAACAGGUUGUGGAAUUUGAAGACGAGAGACGUAUCUGGCAGGAAGAGAAAGAAAAAGUGAUUAAAUAUCAGAAGCAGUUGCAACUCAAUUAUGUUGAGAUGUAUCAAAAAAACCAACAGCUUGAGCAAAAAAUAAAUGAAAUAAGCGCAAAGGUCACAUCACCACCAACUGAAGACAAGAAACCAUGGACACCUUCCAGGCUUGAAAGAAUAGAAUCCACUGAGAUAUAACAGUAGAGCAAAUACAUAGUUUCCUGCUAUGGUUGUACUGCCUACUCCAGCUCAUGUGGAUCAGGUGCACAUGCAGAUAAAAUACUACAGUGCUGAAGGGGCCGAGCACCAAAAUCCUCUUGCAGGACCUUUAGUACCAAGGUGGUGUUGAAGUUCAGAAAUAAUUGCUUGCUGUAAUACACCUGCAAAUGAAAUGUGGUAUACUGUUUGUUAUGCCGCUAAUAAUGCUGUAUGUGUGUUUAACCUUUCCUUGCAACUUCCUCUACCUACCAGGCCCCAGUACUUUAAACAAAAUAUGUUCUGGUGAAGCCUGGGCAGCUAGAGGUGCUGCAAUUAUGUGACUGUUACUGACCCUUUCUCUUUUGAGACUUGUUAAUAGAAAGGAAAAGUGACUUGGUUUUAGGGUUAUUUUAGCCACAUUGGCUAGUAGAGAGAAGCUCUGAUAUGCUGUGAAAUCUAGUGAUUUAGCUACAAACCCACUGAGAAUUCUAUCCACUGUUUACUGUGAAAUUUCCCAAAAGAAUAUUCAUUAUAUAUAAUAUAUAUAGCCUUAAUACAUAUCAUGUUCUAAAUAUAGGGAGGUUAUGUAUCCACUCAAAAUGCAUUUGUGCGGUUCUUUAAAACCUUCCUAUAGGACUCUU